GUGCCUGGUCCUUGGUCGUUGGUCCUUGGUCCUUGGUCCCUGGUGCCUGGUGCAAAAGUUGAUGCCAAACCCUUUCUGAUAUCCUGUUUACAACAAAUUACGAGUUUUGCUGCAAAUUGAAUUUGUGCCGCACGCAGCAGAAGAAACAAGGAACAAGUGGUUGACAGACAGAGUGCUAUCUAUAGAGGGGGACGCAGGUCCCAAGUUAAUUUCCGUUGCUGUAUCACCCACCCCCAACCCCACCACCAUCACCAUCACCAUCAACAAAAAGAAUGAAAAAAUAAGGAAAAUCAUUUCUAUUUGGUUUGAACUGGAUAGAGGUGGUGGAGCAGAGAGGGAGAGGUGCUUGCUGGGGUGGGUGGUUGCCUAAAUGGGUGGCUGCUGGGUGUCAGAGUUCCACUAAGAAUUCUGGCUGUUGCUGUUCCUGCUGUUCUUAUGGAAUCUUUCGAAAUUGACAACAGCAGCGGCAACAAUCUCAACAACAAAUCAAAUAAAUUAAAUUUACACACAUAGUUAAAUUAGUGAAAAUUGAAUAAAACAGAAGAAUAGACGAGACAGAGACAGAGACAGAGACGAGACGAGACAAGAAGAGAAGAGGCACUGAAACGUUUUGAUAGAAAACGUAAAUAAAAGAGUCUCUGCCUGAGAGAGACAGUGCGGUGCGUGAAAGAGAGCAGCACACCGCCAGAAAACGUGCGAGCAAGUGAGGAGACAGACACAGAACGUGCGGAUACGGAUACCCCAAGUGGAGGCAACGCUAGAGAGAAGACAGCUCCAGAGAACGUGUGGGAGGAAGUUAGCAGACAGUCCCUCACUGGAAGAGGAAGACCAAAGUGAGAAUAAAUCGCAAGGAGAGAAGACAGCCCCGUGAGGAGGAGAAACCGCCAGAGAGAGAGCACUGCGGAUUGGAGAGACAACCGCCCGCUGGCUCUGCGCCACACACGACCCCACGAGACACGGCACGGCACGGCACGGCGAGGAGAACGUGUCGAGCAACAAAUUAAUAAUAAAAUAAAGAAACACACAAAUUGAAGAAAACAACAAAAGUCGCAGUAGCAGAGACACACUCACAGGCAGCAGCAGCAUCCGAAGCAGCGAUAGAAGCAGAAGCAGAAGCAGCCGCGGGAGCAGCAACAACGUUGCCAGAGGCACAGACGGAAGAUGGGCUGCGGGCAGAGCAAGAUACAUUUGUAUCCCAGGAAAUCGAAGAGUAAAGCUAAUGGCAAGAAAGGAGGACAUGCCGAUUCAGAUGCCGAAACGGAUGAGGACGAAGGCCACAUCGAGGACGCCGAGAAGGCACAGCAACGCGACCGCGAGAAGCACGAGGAGAGCGAGGAGCAAAGCAAUAAGGAUAUCCAGGACUCUGACGAGGAUGUGGCCGUGUCACUGCUGCGUGCCAAGAAUCUAUCGUUGCUGCAAAGCCAGGAAAUAUCCUCAAGCCAACAGAACUUUUUCCGCAUGCUGGACAGAAAGAUCGAUGAGGGUCCCGACUACGACUCGGCCAGCGAGACGGAAGUCGCCUUGGAGGAGGCACGUCUGAAUGCCCUGCGCCAGCAUUGGGAGUCCGCGAGCCUCACCGCCUCCAUUUGCUCCUCCGCCAGCCGCUCGCUGCAGACUACGCCCAUCCGGCAGGUGCAGGUGCCGUUGAAGCAGCCACCGCGAAGCGCAGGGCUCCUACUCCAGCCCUCAGCGGCAUGUGGUACGAUGGCCGCGACGGAGUAUCUACCUCAGCAUGUUUUGGCGGGGCGACAACAGCAGCACCAGCAGCAGGCCGCCGUUCUCUACCAGCAACAGCAGCAGCAGCAGCAGCAGCAGCAACAGCAGCUUAUCCUCCUGCCCCAGAUGGAUGCCAACAUUGUCCAUACGUCCACUGCUGCAGCCGCAGCGCAGCUUGCCCAGCUCCAACAGCAGCAGCAGCUCCAACAGCAGCAACAGAUCCAUCAGCAGCAGCUCCAACAGCAACAGCAGCAACUGUACCAACAACAGCAGCAGUAUAUGCUGUCCCUUCCCGCCGGAGUCAUGCAGCAGAGCGUCAGUCCCAAGCGACUGAUGUAUGGAGCGGCGCCCUCGCCGCCGAUCAGCUCCUGCCCUGUAUCCGCAGCCCCUCCUUCCGUUCAGUAUAUCACAGCCGGCUCCCAACUCAUGCAGCAGCCGGGUGCAGCGGGUUUCCUUAAUGGCGCCGGCGCCAGCGGGGUGGGAGUGGGAGUGGGAGUAGGACGAGCGCCUUUGCAGCUGGCCUACUACGGCGCACCGGGCACUCCCCCCCAGGGAGCUGCGACAUCGGCUUCCCUGAAUGCCCCCGAAACGUACGAAAUACAAACCGCUCCACACAGCCAAAGUCAGCAACAGCAAAAGCAGCCGCCACCGCCACCGCCUCCGGGUGGCUACUACGGCGAGAUCAUGCACGGAGUGCAGCAGGCCGCACCCGCUGCGGAAUACAAGUUUCCGGCGGCCAUUAGCGUUCAGCGAUUGGCGCCGCAAGUGCAGCGGCAGCUGCGCGAGACGCAGGAACUCAUAAAAGACUCGUGCCCGCAGCUGUAUGCCGCGGGCUAUGGCAGCCCAGGACCACCGAUACGCAAUCCCAGCAGAAAUCCAACUAGAACUAGACCCACCCUGGAGACCCAGUUCUCUCAGGAACUAUCGUGAUAUCUAUAUAUGUAACAAACAGCAAGCAAACGCAAACGCAACCGUAGCAAAGGAUAAAACCACAUUCUGAACAGAAUCAGUGUUAGAUAAACCGCAGCCAAAGAACAGGAAGAACUAAUUAACCAAAACUAUAAAAUACUACAAGAAAAAAAAUCGCGAAAAGCCAAAAAAAAAUCGAAGAAAAUCAAUUAAGAAAUUGUAAAACUGCACUCGAUGUUUCAGACCCCUCCCGAACCGGGUAGAUUGUGCCCCCCCAUAUACGACAAAACUAUACGCGUAUUAAUUACUAAAACCACGGUUGCCACUAUUAGUCCCAAAACACCAAAACUGGUCCUCUUUUUGAUCGCUGGCCCACUUUUCCACCAAAUGGUCCCUUUUUUUGCUUCUAUUCAUAGUUUUAAUUCGAUAUUAUUACAUAAAGAUUUUGUACAAUGACAAAAGCUAUUAUAUAAACU